AUGAUUUAUAUUGAGUCAACAAUAAGCACUUUAAUUUCAUUUAAAAUAACUGGUGAAACGACAUUUACCGCUGGUUCAUAUAUUGCGGUUUUUCCUUACCAAACUGAAGGAUUCACAUUUCGCGAUUCAAAUAAUAAAGAAAUCACAGAAUUUCCGACAACAUUUCAGAAAGAUAACUCAUUCACAGUUACACCUUCUGAAGAUCAGACAAAUACUAACCUGAAUUUAGCUGUUGCCCCACUUUUUACUGAUUGCCCAUCAGUUCGAUACGUUCUUACUGGAAUCUUUAACUCUGAUGAUAGAUCUGGAUAUUAUAACACUGCUAUUUGCUAUGCAUUUUUCCCUCUUUUAGAUUCCGAUUUUGACUUAAAAUUUGAUAAUGUAUGGUAUUCUGAAGGUACUCUGUCGUACAUUACAGAUAAAAGUACAACUCCGACAAGUGUCGUGUCAAAUAUUGAUGUUAACUGCUCAACAAUUACAAUCAAAAUUAAAGAUGUGAAUCAGAACGGAAAAAUUGAUAUAUCUGCCUUAAACAUCAAACUUUAUCAGAUCGGAGACUUCGAAAAACCAGUUACUGGCGAAAUUGUAAUUCAUGUUCCUCCAAAUGCAGUAUUUGUUGGAAAGGACAUCGAGAGAUUUCAAUACGAAUCAGAUGCUACACUUGUAGAUACAGGAAUUUUCUACAAUAAAACAAAUAUUUUUGUAGUCAAAGCUAGAUGCGAGCAACCUUCCACUCUUUUGUACAGCGUUACACUUAUUAACCCACAUAUUGACUGUUCCAAUCUCAAUGUUGAAGUUGUGAAAGAAGAUGCGUCAACAAUUUUUGCAGAUGCAGAUUAUGACUACAAUGUUGACAAUUUUUCAACGAUUUGCCACAUAUUCACUUCUCCGCAUGUUAUGAAAUACAAAAUGAUUUCGUAUUCUUUUAAUAAGAUUUAUGAUAUUUCCGGAAAAACUUUUAAUUUUAAUAUAUACGAUACUGCAUACUCGUACAUUAACAGGACCAUUUUCUUAUACUCUGGCGAAAAACCUGACAGAGGUGUCAAAUUUGGUCUUGAAUCAGCAGAAAUUAUAGAACCUGCAUCAUCAAUGACACAUGAUAAGGAAACUAAAGCAUUUCAUGUCUAUGGCGACAUACAAAGAAAUGCAAAACCAGCAACACGUUAUUAUUAUAAUGGCAAUGAUCAAAUUAAUUAUCCUGAUGGAACAUAUCAAUUAAUAGUUCAGAAAGAAGGAAGAACAUUUACAUUCCAGAAACGUACAUAUGCUAUCUUUCAUAAUGGAAAAUCAUUCACAGGAAAACUUAAUGGAGUUGAUGUUUUGGGAACAACAGGGCAUUACGUAUUUAACUUCACUGAUGAUUAUGCUCCUAUGACGGUUACUCCACUAAAUACUGCUCAUGUACUCAAUUUGACUGUUUUCCAAUAUGAUAAAGGUUUUGGUUCAACUACUCGAGAUAUCAUUGUUGUUGCACCUAACCAUCCUCAGUACUUUACAAGCUCACCAUCAAAGAACUUCGAUGAUACUCCAACAAAUUUGAGUUACCAUAAAAUGCAUAACAUUGGAUAUUAUGUUUUCGCUUCGUCAUCAAUGGCUGUAGAUAUCAAGCAAGAUGGUUCAUCACCUCGUGGGCAUUCUUAUCCAUACGAGGUUUAUACCUUCAAUAACUUAUAUCAUAAUACAGCUAUUGAAUAUUACCAACACAGUGAAGAUAAAAAAGCCUCUAAUAAGUUUACUUAUAGAACAAUCACAACAAAUGAACCAGAUAAUAAAGAGAUUUAUGGAUUGUUCGUUGGACCACUAUCAUACACCGAUCUUAAGUAUUCCAGGACAGAGCGAGAAGGACAACAAGUUGUAUAUAUUUAUGGAACAAAGUAUACUCCAAAGGAUGAAAUGUACAACCGUUAUUCCAAAGUUAAUAAAGGAAUUAUCGCUGUGUAUGUUUUGGCACCAUUUGUAUUUAUCUUUUUAGCGCUUUGGAUCUGCCGUUGCUGGUGGAAAGAAAAUUGCCAUUCAAAUUCGAAAAAUGAUUCAUCGAGUAGUUCAUCUUCUAGUAGCUCAUCUUCAUCUAAAAAGAAACAGUAUCCACCUCAAAAUAACCAGUAUCCUCAAAAUAACCAGUAUCCUCAGUAUGGCCAAUAUCCACCACAAAAUAACCAAUAUCCACCACAAUAUGGUCAGUAUCCACAACAAGGAUAUCCUCAAUACGGACAAUAUCCUCCUCAACAAAAUAAACAUGAACUUACGCCCAUAUGA